AUGACAGAUACCUCCUCCCUCGCCAUCACGCACGCCACAACGGAUUCCUAUCCGGUCCCCGCUCCUCCAGGCUCUCCUGCCGCCGACGGUGCAGUCUCUGACUCUGCCGCACCCGAUGAAGAAGAACCUUAUACCAUCAAAUGCAUUUGCUCGUUUGAGGAAGAUGAUGGUAGCACGGUAUUCUGUGAAGGGUGCGAGACAUGGCAGCACAUUAUCUGUUACUACCCCGACAAGAAGGUACCAGAUGUACACAACUGUGUUGACUGCGAGCCACGGCCAUUGGACAAUCGCCGUGCCACCGAACGACAACGGGUGCGGCGCCAACGGGAGAAAAGCGAGGAUAGGGACCGGAAACCCAGGCGGCCUGGGCCUAAAACUCAACGAAGGAAACCGAAGGAUACAGAAGUGAAUGGGUUUGGACAUCAACGAUCCGAGUCAAGUGCACGCGAACAGCCACCGACGAAGAAGGCGAAAACGUCACACCGUCCCUCCGCAUCAAUUGGUGGUCUUUCCGGUAUCCCGGCUCUUCCGGCUGAGUCGCGCAAGCGUCGUUCCUCUACCUCUGUCGCUUUGAGUCCAACGAAAUCCGAACUUCCUAUCCCUCUCUACUCAAACGAGUUCCUCAAUCUUUACGACCGAGAUGAAGAUUACGAUGAAAUUGACAGCAACCUUUUUGUCAACAUGAGCCUAAUGCGGGACACUGUCUCAUGGUUGAAGGACCCAGAAGCUUUGGCGCGAGUCACCAAUGGACGUCCUGCUGAAGAUACUUUUCAAUGGUCUGAUGCGGCAUUGGAUCGGUCUCGCUGGCCCUCAUUGGCCGUCGAUACGAUCACAGACCCAAACAGUGAGAUCGGUGGCAAGCAUCCAACGUACAGGAUCAUCAAGACUCAAGAUCCUGUACGACGGGAUGAAGUUGUCGGAGAGAUCACUGGCAAGGUUGGCUAUUUCAGAGACUAUUGUCUUGACCCAAGCAACCGGUGGUCCAAGUUACGGCACCCUGAACCCUUUGUCUUCUUCAGCGCACAUCUUCCCCUCUACAUUGACGGUCGUCGUGAAGGCAACAAGCUUCGUUACAUCCGACGUUCCUGUCGUCCCAAUGUUAGCUUGAAGAUCUACAUCACCAAUGAUGUAGAGUAUCAUUUCUGUUUUGUUGCCAAGGAUGACAUUCCUGCCAACUCGGAGAUUACUGCUAUGUGGUACCUGGACCCUGAAUUCCAUGAAGCUACCAAUGGCGUGGUGAAGCAAGAGUCUGGGGAUCCAGAGGCUGCUUCAGUCUGCAUCAGUAAUACGCUUGCCAACUUUGGUACAUGCGCGUGUGAGCUUUCUGGCGAAGAGUGCACAAUGGCCAAGCUUGACCGCCGGCGACGUCCAAAGCUGGAUUUGGUAAAGACCAAUGGCAAGCGGAGGAAGGUCAAGAGCAAGACUGUAGCAUCUCCAAUGGAGACAGGUCGUGCUUCUACGAGUCGUGCAGGUAGUGAGACAACUAAACAUGACGAAGAUGACCCUGCAGCCGAUAGUCGAUCAACUUCAGGCUCAACUCGUGGUCAUCCUCGUAGUCGUGAUCUAAGUCCUGCUCAACCUCUGCCUGAACUCUCUACUCGUGAAAGGCGGAAAAUCGCUGAUGCGGAAAAGCAAUUUCAACAACUAGAGGAUCGGCACGUGCAUCCCAAGAAGAAGAAGCGAUCCAGUGGACCUUCUCAUUCUACACAACCUGGUUAUUUUGGGACUCAACGUUCAGGAAGAUCUCAACCUCCUACACAAUCUCGUUCUCCUACCGCUGUGUCUCCUGGUACAAUGGCUUCUCGCAAUUUGAAUCCUCCUGGUCUUCGCCGUCGUUCUGUCUACGUGGACGUCGGUAUUCAGUGCAACCGCGAUGAUGAAUCCCCUCCUCCUCCCAGGAUUCGUCCUCCUCCCAGGAUUCGUCCUCCUCCCUACAUUCCUAUGACUCGGCGUCUUCUGAUGCGUUACGAUGCGGAGAAUAUCAGACUAGCAGAACUUGCGAGACAGCAGUUGUCUUCGGCUGGCUCUGACAGCGCUGCGACUUAUGCCACCUUCGGGUCUCCCGCCCCCUCGCUCCGCUCGCCUGCCGUUGCGCAUGACCGCGCGGAGGCUACUGUGGCUACUAUGGACAGCCCUUCCACUCCUGUGCACGGAGAUCGUGAAUUCAGUGCUCGAACUGAGACUCUUGGCUCCAGCAACGACCCACGCAAGCCGCCCAUUUCCCCUCCGUGGCCGUCUACCGCCGCUCACAACGUUUUGAUUCCGGGUGCGUAUCGCCGCAGCAACCUGCAUGUUUCUAUGCCCCCACCCCACGGUAUCCACGCGCCUUCCGCAAUCAGUCCUGGCUCUACUGGUAGUCUUGCGUCCCCUCUUGCUCAUGAUCACGCUCCCCAUGCUUUCGUGCCACCUUUGGGUCAUGCUCCCACUCCCACUCCUGCGAAGAAGAAGCUCAGUCUCGGGGACUACCUGAUCCGCCGGGGAACCAUGGCAUCGGACAAGCCUACCGCAGCCAAGAAGUCUCCCUCUGCCGGAGAUGGCACUGCAGACCGUCCUAUCACUCCUACUGGAACCGAGCUGCAUGACAAGUCUGAGCCUACUUCUUCCCCACAAAUGCCGAUGAAAGAUGCCCCCGAAUCAACACCCACUCACAUCCCUUCCAUCUCUUCGUGA